GUUCGCUACAUGGCCGUACUAGAGUGUAGUCGUCUAGUAGGAAGAUGGCUGAAAACAAUGACAGUAUCAGUGGCUUCUGAAUCAACUGUGCGAUCUCUUUUUAGUUGUCAACAAAGACAUUAACUCGGGUCGUAAAUGAGAGAAAUUAUUCCUCACAAUUGUACGUAUAUAGUAUUAUGGCGACUGCUGUUCAAAAUAAUAGCAUGAAAUCUCUCUCGAAUGGAUCUGUAAAUCACGUGGAUGAUAUAAAUGAUUUGAGCCCCGAAACUUCUCCCCCCUCGAACAAUGGCGACGGCGAGCAUUUUGUCCGUUUGAAAACCGAGGAAGAGUCCGAGUCUGAAAAACUCGACCUCGACAUUUAUAUCAACAAUGUGGUCUGCACCUUCAGCGUCAGGUGCCACUUAAAUUUGCGGGAAAUAGCUCUUAAUGGCUCGAAUGUCGAGUACAGAAGGGAAAAUGGGAUGAUCACCAUGAAGUUGAGAAAGCCCAAAACCACCGCCUCGAUCUGGUCAUCGGGAAAAAUUUCCUGCACUGGUGCAACGAGCGAAGACGAGGCGAAAAAGGCAGCCAGAAGAUUUGCCCGCUCGCUUCAGAAGCUCGGCUUCCAAGUGCGAUUUCAUAAUUAUAGAAUAGUCAAUGUUCUGGGCUCGUGCACCAUGCCAUGGAACAUAAAGAUAACAAAAUUUUCUGAAAAGCACAAACCACGAGCAGAAUACGAACCGGAACUACAUCCAGGUGUUACAUAUAAAAUACCAGAUCCGAAGGCUACUCUGAAGAUAUUUUCGACAGGCAGCGUCACAGUAACUGCUCCCACCAUACAAUCGAUCGAGCGUGCGAUUGAAUACAUUUAUCCACUAGUCCACGAAUUCCGGACUGAGAGAACCGAACAGGAGAAUAUCAACUUAAGAGCGAAGAAGCGUCAUUUGGCGGCUGAAUUCGAACGGGAAGAAUUGCAGCAGGCAAUAAUUGAACAAACCGAGGGGGACAGUUUUCUGUCUGUUCCAAACAAGUUCGAUGAUAGUGAUUCUGACGGCGACUGAUCUGCUUUUUUCGUUACGUAAAUAGUGUUGUUCUUAUUUCCCAAUGACUGGUACAUACUUUUGUUAUAUAUGUGUUUCGUGCGAUUGAAAAAAAAAGAAAAAAAAA